AUGGAAUUUAGCUGCACCAUUUGUGUUUCCAUCUUUUCCUUUGUUUUUCAAUUCUUCUCUUUCGAUUCUGGAGAUGUACUUGCCAUACCACCACCAUUUUCUAUUAGUCAAGAUGCUUUUUUGCAAUAUUUGUCAUUGGGGAAUAUCACCAUUGAUUUACCAGCUCUUUAUGCGUUUGGGGACUCUUUCAUUGAUCCUGGAAAUAAUAAUUAUUUGAAAACAGUUGCGAAGUCAAAUUACAGUCCAUAUGGAUUAGAUUUUGACGGAAAGCCUACUGGUCGUCCUACUAAUGGAAGAACCAUGGUCGACUUCAUUGCUCAAAUAGCCGGCUUGCCAUUCCCUCCUCCAGCGCUGGAAGUAUCAGAGGCCAACAAGAAGAAUAGUCGGACUGGCGUUAAUUAUGGAUCUUCUUCCGGUGGCAUUCUCCCUACUCCCCGUUCAGUUGAUCAGCUCUUUGGACAUGUCUUAAGCAUGGACGAACAAAUAGCUUUGUUCGAGAAUACAACAAAAGACUUGAAAGAUCAAUUUGACAGCGCAGAAAGCUUUAAUCAAUACAUGUCAAAAUCACUAUUGUUUUUCCACAUUGGAAGCAACGACUUAGGCAUAUUUUGGGAGUUCGAAAGACACUCCAACUAUACUGUUGAGAAAUAUUCUCAAUUUCUCAUCGAUGAAUUAUCGAAGCAGUUGCAGAUUUCUUAG